AUGUCUAAUCCGUUUACCGACGACUGUCUUUAUGAAAUUUUGGAGUAUUUAGAGGAUGAUAAGGUUGCUUUACAUUCUUGCCUGCUGGUCAAUCGACUCUGGUGUAGGGCUUCUGUAAAGAUCUUAUGGAGAAACGUUUGGAAUUACCCUUUCGAUCAUCAUAAUCCGUAUAAAGUGGAACUUUCAAUUAUCAACACCUUGGUUUCAUGUCUUCCUGACGAAUCAAAAGAAUUGCUAUAUAAAAGUAUCGGUAUUGUCAUACCUCCUUGGAAACCAAUGAUGAAUUACGCUUCGUUUUGUAAAGAUCUUCCGAUUCAUGAAAUCGGUUCAAUGGUUGAAAAGGUCCUCAUCAAUCGACCUAUGCCUUCACAAUCUUUUAAGUAUAGUAAAUAUUUGGUAACCCAAGAGUUAUUCAAAAUGUUCAUGAAACAAAUUACAUCAUUAAGGUCUUUGGAUUAUAAGUUAGGAUAUAUUACAAAAGUUCAGAAUAUCACGUUCACCUACUUUCCUGGGGCAAAGAAUUGUUUAAAGGACCUUUCAGAAUUUAAGUUUGACUCGAAUAUUUACUUUGAAGUUUUCUAUCAGUUAUCACAAAUCUGUCAUAACAUAGAAUUGAUGUCGAUCUCAUUCAAGGAGACCAUCUCCGACGGUCUGGCGGAUUUAAUCUCAUCACAAAAAAAUUUGAAACAAUUAAAAUUAUUACAAUCUUAUCAUGGGGUGGAUUGGUCAUCCAUCAUACCCUCAAUGAUAAACCUUUCUACCAGCUUGACCAAGUUGGCAUUAUAUGGAGAGAAUUAUGUAUCAAUUUCAUUCAUUUCUGCUUUCAGAAAUUUACAAGAAAUUGUCUUUUCAAUUGAAUCGGAGGAAUCUCUUGAAGAUUUCAAUGAGUUACAACAUGUUCGAUUUCCACACUUGCAAAGUUUAAAAUUUAAGUAUGAAUGUCCGAAAUUCGAAUACCUGAAUAAAUUUUUAGAGAUUAAUGGGAUGAAUUUAAAAGAAUUCCAUGUAAAUGAUGAAAGUUACUCAUUAAAUUGUGCUAUCGCAAAAUUUUGUCCAAACCUUAAAUCGCUCUUCACGAUAUUCAUUGAUAAUGAAGUGGAAACUCUAACGUCGAUUUUGAAAAAUUGUCAACGAUUAGAGUGUAUUAAAUUCUUGUGUGGCGAAGAUUAUCUAAGUGAAAAGCAGGUAUUAGAUACCAUCGCAAAAUACUCACCAAAAAGUUUUCAUAAGUUAAAAUUUUAUAAUGAGGAGGACUCGGAAUUGCUUCCAGAAGAUUUGGAGAAUUUCCUUAUGAAUUGGGAUAAACGUAUACCCAAGAAAUCACUUUCUUUAAUUGUUAUCAAAAGUUUCCGUGUAAAUAGUUUAGAGAACAAUGAAAAGAAUAUGAGAAUAAUUGAAAAAUAUAAGAAACUGGGUGUUAUUGGGAAUUUUAGAUUUGAAUAA